AUGCCGCAGACACCUUCGACGCGGUGGUGCCCGACGCCGGAGCAGCUGAUGAUCCUGGAGGAGAUGUACCGGAGCGGCGUGCGCACGCCCAACGCGGCGGAGAUCCAGCAGAUCACGGCGCACCUCGCCUACUACGGCCGCAUCGAGGGCAAGAACGUCUUCUACUGGUUCCAGAACCACAAGGCCCGCGAGCGCCAGCGCCUCCGCCGCCGCCUCUGCGCCCGCCACCAGCAGCAGCAGCCCUCGCCACCCACCUCGGCGGCAGCGGCGCCUCCGGCUCCUCCCGCUACUACCCCUGCCGCCGCCGCGGGCGCCGUCGUGCACCCUGCGGUGAUGCAGCUUCACCACCACCACCACCACCAUCACCCGUACGCCGCCGCCGCCGCCACGAGCAACUGCAGCUUCAUGCCUCCUCCUCCUCACCACCUGCAGCAAGCCGACUGGGCGGCGGGGCACGAGGCUCCAGCAGCGGCGGCGAUGGUGGACUACUGCAGCAUCGCCUCCGCCUCCGAGUCCGCGGCAGACAUGGCGGUCCCGCCGUGCUGCCGGCCGCUGAAAACCCUGGAGCUGUUCCCGACGAAGAGCACCGCCGGCGGCCUCAAGGAGGACUGCUGCAGCAGCUCCAAGUCCUCCUCCUGCUCCACCUCCACCAACUAG